AUGAGACACGUUGCAAAAAAAAAGCAACAUCGACUAAGGCAGCUCAAAGACUCUGUCGUGAACAGCUUUCCAUCAGAUCGCCUGACCUUGAAGGAACAUGGAGAGUCCACUGUCUCAGGUUUGGGAAGCUGGAUGCCUCACAGGGCGCCACGGUUGCGAACGAGCCUCGUGCCCACCUGCCGGCUGACUUACCCCGUGUGUGUCUACUCCCUGAGCUCACGGACCCCACGCUCUGCCAUCAAAGCGUCACACAGAGUGAUCCUUACACAGAGGACCCAGUCUCCAACCAGAGAGGCCGGUGGCCCAGGCACAGCUUAUCCUGCAACCACGUUCAAUAACCAAUCAGUCAGACAAGUGACAAAACUUCCCUUCUCUUCGUGCCAGUGUAGACGCAGUAGUUUGACUUCUAUUUUUAGUUCCAUUCAACAUGCUUUGGGAAAUGAUGUCAUGUUUCUGAAUUAA